AUCCAAUGCGCCGGUCGUUCCAUCGAUCAGUCCAGGAAUCUGCUCGCUGGACCACCCCUACUCUCCUAAGAGGGAUGGGUCGGUCGGUCGACCCACCCGUACCUUGCCGACUCUAUACCAACCCAUUUUACCCACCUAGCGUGCGCUUUAUUGCUAUCUUAAUAUUCGCUCGUAUUCGUUAUCUUAUACCAGCGAGCUUUUUCCAACGAAAUAUUAUCUUUUAACGCUACCACCGGAUCGAACGGAAUUUAAUGAAUCGAAAUUUUUGGUUUUUCGACAUCGAGGCCUCUAAAAUAAUGACGUUACUUUGGAUAAUCAUGUUAUCGGAUGGGUAUUUCAUAUCACGACUGAUUCUUCGUCCUUUCUUUUCUUAUAUCAAAUCGUACAUGUGACUAAUCUAACCCGGAUAGAAGGACCUCGGCACACAUUAUACUUCGUAUCAACCGAUAAAUUUGAUUACGUAGCAAGUAAUGAAUGAUUAUGCUUAUUCAACGAUCUUCAUCGGCGGUUUCCAUUGGCACAAGCGGAUAUUCAAUUGUUACAUAUUUACUUAUGGAUCAAUUUUUCGAGAUUCGACCAUUUCGAACUCGCGACUUACGAUACCUGAAUAUAGCCGAUUAAUAGGAUAUGUGCAAGACGACGAUCAUCGACGGACACGACGGAUUCGACGGUCUCACAGUUUGUCAAACGCAUAACUUAGAUAUUAAUUUUCCAAUCGAGCUAGAAUGCCCCAAGACACGGUGGAGACGUUCGCACGAGGCCUGAUAGAUCAGAUAGUAUCGAAAGCUUUUGAUAAAAUUAAAAUACGAUUCAAGAAAGGUCCUAAAAAAAUCUUUACGACCGUUAAACACAUUGGUACCAAGGAAAUCCUACUCAUAUUGCUUCAUUUAUCUGCAGAAGUGUCAUAUAGUCAUAUGCAACGCAGUGACACCUAUACGGACCACAACGAGGGGGAAGGAAAGGAAGUGACAGAGAGUGUGGUCCAUGACUUACGAAGUGUGCAAAUUGGUGACUCGUCUAAUAUAUUAUCGUGCCCCAUGUCACUUUUGGAUCGCCAGAUGAGACGGACUGCGUGCUUCAUCGAUAGCACAACGAUCGACAAUACGGUCGAUGUCGUCGAGAUAUCCGAUAUCCAAGGUCAGGGUGACGUCGAGCCGAUCGCAUACGAUGCCGAGUCUUCGAAGAAGAAACGUACAAAGUCGUCGACAUAUAGCAAAGAAAGAGAGCAACCCGGUACUAACGAUGCCACCACCAAAGUAUCUAUCAAUCUGUUGCACCGGAUGAUCGAGGAAUUGGAGACCGUGACCGAGGAGACCAUCCUAAGUCGCAACGAGGCUGGCAAAUCGAAUGAAAAGUUCAAAGAAGAAAUUACGAUUUGGGAGGAAAAAGAGGAAAAGUUGAUUCGAAUAAUCGAAGAUACCGAAGGAUCGCACGAGAGCAUCACCGAGGAAUCUCGAUCGAUCAGACAAUUCGUAGACGAGGAUAGGGACGAACUGAAGUCGUCGAUGAUGAUGUCGGGUGCGUCUUCUUCGAGGAAUCUUUCGUUCGAUGAGGUUUAUCUCGAGGAAAAUGCCACGGAUUAUCCGCCACGGCGAACGUCCAUCGACGAGAUCGAAGAAGCUCAUGAUUUCUCCGCGGAAACGAAAGAAACCGACAAGAAAAUCAAGUCGAAGAGAAAGAAGAAGAAAAGGGAAAGCUUGGGCCGAAGGCUCAAGAGGUUCUUCCUAAAGAGAUUCAAGCGUGGAAAGAAUUGAUGGGAUGUUUUCGUACGAGGACCGAGGCGCAACUUUGGAAGCGUUUCUCCAUUUUUAUACAUAUCUACAUAUCUGCUCUGAUAGUACUAUUUUCUAGCAACGCGACGCUCUACGAUGAGCAUAGCGUCGAUCGGUUGUGUCGACGGUGCCGAGCAAGUAAAAAUAGCCGGGCAGUCUGAUCAUCGCAUAGUCCUCCGACGGAAUUACGUCUGAGGGGGAGGAAAAGGCGUCGCGUUAAGAAAAGAAAAGAAAUUGAAAAGUGUCUUGCCAAUUUCUAGAAAUU